AUUAGGAAAAAAGAGUUAUUCCAUCACUACUUACAAAGUACAAGUGCCCCACGCUUUCCCAUUUACAGCAUCUUGUAAAACAAAGGAAAUUGAGAACAACUCAAAUUCUUCAGACCAAACCGGAGUAUACGCGAAAUUUAGUGCAAAACAUUAAAGAAUCAACGCAAAGGAGUUUCCUAAGCCGAACCCACUGACAUUUCAAGCCCUUCAAACAAGCCAGUCGAUUUCUAUUCAAAUUCAAUUCAACCUGAACGAGUCAAAUGUUACCCAGAAACCGCAUCAACAACAAGCAGUUCUUUAUACAACAAAUAUAAAUACUUACGAUAUAUGAGUGGAGCUGGGGAUUCGUUAAAUUCUCGAACUACUAGAGACCUUCUUGCCCACGCUGUUGCUGGAGCUUCUGCUGGUGCAAUUGCAGCGACUUUUGUUUGCCCAUUGGAUGUUAUCAAGACGAGAUUACAAGUGCAUGGCCUCCCUCAAGGGCCGCAGUCGGGAAGCAGAGGUAGUGUCAUUAUUGCAAGUCUACAGCACAUAUUAAAGAAUGAAGGCUUCAGGGGAAUGUAUCGUGGCCUCUCGCCGACAAUUCUAGCAUUACUUCCAAAUUGGGCAGUAUACUUCGCAGUUUACGAGAAACUUAAAGGCCUACUCCAUUCACAUGGGGAUAGCAAUAAUCAGAUCACAGUAGGUAAAAAUAUGAUAGCUGCUGCUGGUGCUGGAGCUGCCACAGCCAUCACAACAAAUCCAUUGUGGGUUGUUAAGACCAGACUCCAAACUCAGGGAAUGAGAUCAGAUGUAGUUCCAUACAAAAGCAUACUUUCUGCCUUGAGAAGGAUUACACAUGAAGAAGGGUUUCGUGGGUUGUAUAGUGGCAUUCUGCCUUCGUUGGCUGGAAUCAGUCAUGUUGCUAUUCAGUUUCCUGCAUAUGAGCGAAUCAAGUCUUUAAUGGCAAAAAAAGAGAAUACAAAAGUUGAUAAGCUAAGUCCUGGGAGUGUAGCAAUUGCCUCUUCCGUAUCAAAAGUACUUGCUUCCGUGAUGACCUACCCGCAUGAGGUUAUCCGUUCAAGGCUGCAAGAGCAAGGACAGAACAGAAAGGUUGAGAUGCAAUAUGCAGGAGUGAUUGAUUGCAUCAAGAAAGUGUUCCAAAAGGAAGGUCUACCUGGUUUCUACCGAGGUUGUGCAACAAAUCUGUUAAGAACAACUCCAUCUGCCGUUAUUACAUUCACCAGUUAUGAGAUGAUACAAAGGUUCUUGCUUCAGGUUCUACCCCCAGCUAAAGAGCAUUCACAAGCGCACCCUACACCUAAUGGAAAUGUCAAGCCUCAGCAUCAAAACAGGGGAGCUGGGGACAAAGAAAUCGAUCCUAUUUCACAACAAACACAAAUCCAAUCAAAUAAGAUUACUCCGUCAAUUCCUCUGGGAAACAAGGAUCACCUAACGGCAAGACACUGAUCCAUUUUUGUUCUUCCAACUUGCUUCCCUGUUAGGGAAAUUUUUCUAAAAAAUUUGAGCAGCAUAAACAACUGUCAGGGGAAUAAAACUGUACCUUUUUUUUUUCUUGAAUUGAAUUAUGUUGAUUAGCUUCAUUAUCCCCUGUUUCUGCUGUUCUUCAAUUAUGUUCUUUUCAGAUGUGUACGACCCAAAUUCAUUUUCUCCGAAUAUUUUCCCUCAAAGUCAUUAGAAUGUUUCAUUUCAACCUGGAGAUAUUGGAAUCUUUUUACUUUGGCAAA